CCAAAAUUGGCGGUCACGCUCGCGCUUCGUGAAGAGUAGACAAGCUCUCUCUUGGUGUGAUGUUAAGUCGGGCACUCCAUAACCAGACUGAAAAACGAGUCAGUUAAGAGCUUAAUGUUUUAUUUUCCACCCAAAAAAUGAGUUAUUACAAGGGAUCACGACGAAGAAGCAGAAAGAGAAGCAACCUCGGUAGCGAAACACUUGGUGUUAGCAACGUGAACAGUUCGGAAACUUCUUAUGUGAGUCUCAAGAUUCAUAACAGUACAACUCUAAGUCAAUACACAAUGCCACAGUACUAUGGAAAAAAAUACUUUAAGUAGUCUCAACAUAGGCCGUCAUUCCGUUGGUGAAAUUAUCGGAAGGCUAAAUUCGAAGAUCGGGGGUUCGAUUGUUUAGGAGGACUCACAAAUUGUAAUUAUCCUAAGCUCGUGACAAAAACGAGUAACGUCCUCAUUUAUCCUCCAGGAUCUAGGAGUUAGGUAGUAUAUUGUACAUCCCUUCGGGUGGUCGGUAUAUCAAGGGUUAAUGCUCAGGGCUGAAAGGUUGUCUGUUAAGAUUAGCUUUGAUGGCUGCAAAUGGCUGGAUGAAGUUGAUAUUACACAAUGUAUAUUGGCUCGUUUUUCCUUGAGCAGUGUAGCAAAAUGAAAUUAUUUUUUCUUAACCCUUUAACUCCUAAGAGUGAUUGAUAUGUUAUUUCUCCUUACAGUAUCACUGUGUAAUAAAACAUAGAGGCCAUAAGAAUAAGGGAAAUGAUCAACGACCAGAGAGGCUCUUGAUUGCUGAUCACACUUUCCUCGUCAGUAUCAUGGGAAGUUUAUAAAGAACAGAACAAAGAAUAUGCCUACUGCUGCUAGGGUUUAAAAGGUUGAAGAUGGUCAUCAUGGGUUAAAGUUCAUGGCAACACUCCACUCAAAAAAUAUCUCAAGAGUUACCCCCACCCCCUCUCCCCCUGUGAGGUAGUUGCAUUAUCUUCACAUACACCUGUUUCUGGAAGAGGUUGAUUUAUUUAACCCUUCACCCCCUAACAUCAGCAUGUAUAUUCUCCAUACUAUUCUCCAUACUGUUCUCCAUACAUUUCCAAAGAGGCUGACAAGGAGAAUAUGUGUAGCAAUCAGGAGCUGCUUUAGUGAUCAUCUUCUCUAUUCUCAUAACUUCAUGUUUGAUUCAGGGGUGAUAUAACAGGGAUAAAUUAGAUGCUUGUCACUCUUAGGGGCUAAAGGGUUUGGUAUAACCUCCUGCUUUGUCUUCAACAUAGAGCCUCUUCACAACAUGUUAUCUUUUUACUAUAUUUAGAGAAAUGCUGAUCUAGAGGCAAUCGAUUUAUCCAAAGAUGGGCAAAUGCAGAAGAAAAGACAGAAGAGUAGUGACAAUUCUGAGAUGAAACAAGCCAAAAAAUCAAAAAGAAACAAAGCACUAAGUUCUGGUAGGAGAGCACAAGAAGCUACAAAAGUUCCUGGCCAAACUGUGAAAAGAAAGAUCAGAAAGAAAGAUAAAGAUAUGAAAGAUACUGUUCCACAGACUACCACUGGUACAAAAAGGAAAAAACAAACAAGAGAAACUGAUUCAACACCUUUAUUUGAGCCUGAGAGUAGUUUGGCUGAUGUAGAAGAUUCAGAAGCUAUGGAUUAUACUGAGGAACUCUCGGAGCUCAUGAGUGACCAUGAGUUCUUACGACAGCAAAUCAAAAUACUUAAGAAGCCAUUCCAGUUAGAGAAGGACUGCCCCUCUUUAUCAAAGAUUAAAGGUAAUGGCUUUACCCCCCAACACCUUAAAAUCAGUAGACAUAUUCUCCAUACUGUUCUCUGCACACUUUCUAAGAUACUGUUAAGGGGAAUUUGUUUAACAAUCAAGAACUUCUGUAGUUGGAAAUCAUAUCCUUUUUUUCUCAUGGCCUUGAUUUUUGGUCCAGCAGUGAUACUGUAUAGAGAAAUUAUGUACUGGUUGACAACUUAUCGUUACAACUUAUCUUUCAAACUUAUUAGAACUUAAACAGAAGUUGAGAAAGAUGUGUUUUUUUUGUCUUGUCACGAGCGUGGGACAAAAGAAAAUUUUGAGUCUCCAUCAGGGCUCGAAAUUAGCACUCGCAAACUCGCAAAAUGCGAGUGGUUUUUCGAAGUUGCGAGUCUAAAAAAUAUCCUCUAGCAAACAUUUGCUAGUUAGAUUCCUUCUUUUGCUAGUAAAAAAAAUCUUACUAGCAAAACUUUGCUAGUAGACAAAAAAGUUAAGUUCGAGCCCUGCUCCAUAAGGAGUUGAACCUUAGACCUUCAGAUUCCACAUUUUGAUGCUCUGACCACUGAGCCACAGAGACUCCACAGUGAACUAAUAUUGGUCUUUAGCCAGAAGUUGUUGAUUACUUUUUCAUGUAAUGAUUGUUGUGGCAAACUUUAUGGUCUUCUUUUUUUUUUCUAGAAUUAUUUUUUUAUUGAAUUUAUAAAUUUAUUUACUUUUUUAUUUCAAGAAAAAGAUGCCAAGCACAUUCCUUUACAAGUUAUCAACAAUGCAUUGAGAAAAGGUACUGAUAGUCAUGGCAUGAUCUAUGAUGGUCACAGAAGUAUUAAUGACUCUAGUUAACCCUUUAACUCCUGAGAUCUCACCAGUAAUUCUCCUUACUGUCUGCUAUGCAGUUCUUGUGAUGUUAGUUUUGAGAAUUUGGUAUUGGAUCAACAAAUAAUCCCCUAAUUAAUAUUUGUCUUUAUUCUCAUCACUUGUCUGCUUGAUAUUGUAUUGAUAUUGUAAGGAGAAAUUCUGUCUUGGUCACUCAUGGGAGUUAAAGGGUUAAAGACAGUUGCAAAUUCUCAAGAUCCCAAAUGUUUCAAAAAGAUGAUUCAAAACCUUUCUUCAAGAAGCUAAUUCAUCCUGGAGGAUGUGAAAAACAUGGCGUAUUCCAGGCAUUCAGUCAAUAAAAUACAGUGCUAUGGUAAAUGGUGCAGUAGUUGCAGAGGAGAAAAACGCCAAAUUCCUCAUCUGUGUUUUUAUCAAAACAAAUAAGUACAGUUUAAAAAAAGGGGAAACACUCCUUUUUCAUUUUAUACACAUGUAAAUUUGAUGAAGCAACCAAUAUUAAAAACAUAAUGUUAAGAAAAACAUUUCUUUUAUUUUAUAUAUUACCAAAAAGACUCCUUAUCUGUUGUGCCAUUUUAUUUUUGCCUUUUUGUCCUUGAAAAGUCCCAAGAUUCUUAAAUUUCAGUUACAUUAAAAUUUGAUGCAGAUCAAUUUAUCAUAAUUGAUAUUUUCCUUGAUUCUUAUAUGUCUACAUGAUGUUGUAUAGAUUAGUUGAUGAAAAUUGCCUCCUUUUCCUUUAAAUUUUUCCUUUUUUCAGUCAAUCAUAAAACAGAGGAUGCCAUUAUGCGAAAUCUAAACAGACUUGCACAGAGAAAACUACUUGAAAAUUUAUCUGCUGCAAGACAGGAUUCAAGGAGCAGUCCUAGAUCUGAUCAACAGCUAAAAAGGUAAUUAUUUUUAGAAAAUAUUGGUCUAUGUUUUUGUAGAUUUGUGCUUUUACGUGUUGUUUAUAUCUCAGUGUUGAGUGUCAGCUCACACUAAUUUCUGCAUAACAAUAAAUAGCUUAUAAGAAAGUCAACAUUAUUAGUGCUGUGACACAGGUGUUUCUUUUCCUGCAAAAAUGUUUGUGGUCUUGAGCAAAGCAGGCUGGCAAGAGGUGCAGGAGGGGUCUGGCACUUGUCUAGUUAUGAGGGGCCCCUAUAACUAAUUCAAACCUGGUUGUGCCACAAUCAGGGUCUGCUCACAGGCUAUUGUAUGCAAUUAUUGUGCCAAUCAAUAAUAAUUAUUUGAAGCAUCAACAACAACAACCCCCCCCCAUGGCAACCCCUGGCACAUUUGACUGUUGUCUGUACAACAGUCAAAUUUAAUACCCAGCUGCGAUCUGCAGGAAUGCACUCUUGCCCUUUCUAGGAGGAUGAAGGGUCCUAGAGAAUUCAAGCCUAUGAAAUAAUUGAAAGUGAUUUUUUUUCUUUUUUUUGGUAGAUAUAAAGAAGUGCAGGAAAGAGUGAUGAAUCUCGAAAAAGUUCAUCAGGAAAUCAGAAACCUACAUGCUCAACAUAAGGUAACAUGCAUUUACACCCUAACAUCAGUAUGCAUAUUCUCCAUAAUGUUCUUUAUACAUUUCAUGAGAUAAUGACAAGGAGAAUAUGUUCAAAAAUCAAGAGCUGCUAGGUGAUGAUUUCCUUUAUUCUUGUGACCCUAAUGUUGAUUCAGGGGUGAUAUUGUGAGGAGAAUUUAGAUGCCAAUCAUUGUUGUGGGUCAAAUGGUUAAGGAUCAUCAGUAAGCACUGCCAUAGUAAAUAACUGGUGCCAUAGUAAAUAACUGGCAUGAAAGCAGAUACCUCAAUCUAAAGUAGCUUUAACCUGCAGUGCAGGUGUCUUAUUAGGGCAAGCUAACAUUAUAAGCGUGCAAUCUUUUAUCUGAUCUGCCAUGUUUGAUCUUUGAUUUGGAGUUAGAGUGGACAGUUGGGUUACGGGGCAGGGGAAGGGCAAGAAAACUCCCCUACCCCCACACCUCUCCUUAUUUUUGACAGUCAACCACCCCCUUGGUACAAAUUUCUUUCUCCCCCCAGCCUUCUGCUGCCAUUAAAAUCAAAGAUGGUGGCCAAAAUUUUUGUUAAGAAAAUACCAAGCACUUGCUUGCCAAAAUUAUGCCUGCUCUGUAGGCUAAAGUGGCUUCUGUGAGUAUUAUUGUGAUGUUCCUUUUUAAGAAUUCUGACAACUAAAAUCAAAGCUAACAGCAGUAGGAGCCCUGAAAAGUAUUUGUAGAUUCUUGGUGGCUUUCCUUAAAAUUAUCUGAUUUAGUUUAUUUUGAUUCAUUGACCUUAGUAAAGCUGUUCACUUGUACAUCUUUCCAUUGCUAGGCUAUUGGUAGUUUUGUGUCGCAGCUGGAAGGCGACAUUGAGAAAUUUGACAACAAAGAAUUGGUGGCAGAGAUAAGAAGAACCAAUAACUUACUAGGUAUGUUUAGUACAAGUUUGGUAGACACAGUAUCCCGACAUUAGGGAUACUGGUCUCUCUCUCUCUGGCCAAUCAUUCUCUUCUGUUCUUGCAAAAGACAGUUUACAAUCAUUCUCUUCUGUUCUUGCAAAAGAUAACAGUUUACCAUAGCACAUAUUAGGACUUAAAAGGACUUGAAAAAGACAGUUUACCAUCACAGUACUCUCUUCACCCAGGGUGCAGUUAUUGGAAAGGCGAAAAGUGAUAAUCCAGAAUUAAAAACCUAACUUGUCCUUGAUUUCUCUUGAAUUAUAGCACAUAUUAGGACUUACAUUUUCAAGAGUUUUACCUUAAGUGUACUUGAAAAACACAGAGGGUAAAAAUAAAUACAAUUAAAAUUGUCUGAAAAGCUACAAAACUGAAUCAAAAAUUGUUGGAAAAUCCUCAGUUAACUUAAUUGUGUUUUGAAUAGCAGGGGCCAAAAUCAUAAAUGUGCAUCAGCAUUGACAUCCAUGAUAAAAGGUUAGGAGGUACCUCUGUGUUGGACCAGCAGCCCAUCAAAGGGGAAAAACUGAUAUACUGCUGGUCACUUCAUGUAAUGAUAACCAGAAUAGGUUUUUGGUAUGAUGGGCCCUCUGACAUGUAACCUGAUGUUAUCUUUAUCUGUUGUUCUAACAAUUCUUGCCUCUGUUUUCCUUUCUAUUUUUCUGGUAACCAGGUAGUGCCAAUUUGAAAAAUACAAACAAGGACAAAGAGAUUAAUGGAAACCCAGGUCUGGAGCCCAGAUUUUUAUCCUCAUAUUGUUUUAGUUAUCUUGCAAGUAAGCUCCUCUAGGUGAUGCAGAAACAUGUACUGAUAGAUAGAAAGUGCCUGGUGUUUCAGACCCUGGUCAGCCCUGUCUCGGAAAUGUUGUGGUCACUCAUUAUGUUGAAUACACUAGUUAUGAAGGAUAAGCAUGUGUCUCAUGUGGUAGUUACUUCCAAACUGGAUCAAUACAUUUUGACUGCAUACCACUGGUUUUCUUCAAGUGAUGAUUUCCACUGGAUAUGCCUUGCGUUAUGAAGCCUUUUGCUCCGCUGUGAUUGGCUGGUUCUUGACAGUUAUGUUUAGGGGCAUUUCAAAGACAUCCUCCUGUUGUUGGUUGUUGUGGAAGGUCAAAUGGGAGUUUGUGCUCGAGCUAUUUUAACCAACUACUAACUCAAUUUUCAAAACUAUUUGAAGAUUUUUUUUUUUCAAAAGAAUGAUUUCUUUAUUAUUUUCCUUGUAGAUUCCAGGCCUGAAGUGGCUUCGACAGAUAAUGAUGAUCCUUGUAGUCAUGAACAGCUGGUUCAGAUACUUUUUAAAGACUGAUG